AUGUCUGACAUCAUCAAAAGGGAAUUUGCUGAGCUUGCCGUUGAUGGCAGCAAUUACUUGACUUGGGCUUUAGAUAUUGAAAUCUACCUGAAUUCUUGUGAUUUAAGCAGCACUAUUGAUCCAGCUUCUCAGAGCACCUCUGCCCAGAAGGCAAAGGCAUUGAUUUUUCUUCGUCAUCAUCUCAACAAAGACCUGAAAAAUGAGUACCUUACUGAAAAAGAUUCUGCUAUUCUAUGGCAAUCCCUGAAGGAUCGCUUUGACCAACAGAUGGCUAUUAUGCUUCCGCAAGCACAGUAUGAUUGGUUAAACUUGCGAUUUCAGGAUUUUAAAUCCGUAACUCUGAAGCUCUGUAAGCAGAACAUUACAGAGGCUGAAUUGAUUGAAAAGACCCUCUCUACAUUCCAUGCAAAGAAACACAACCAACUUCUGAUGCGCAACCAUAAUUCUAGACCAGUUGGUUCGCAAGUUGUGCCUGAAGCACAUGCCACAAAUCAGAGUAAUACUCAUGGACAUGGACAUGGUAGAGGUCGUGGACGUGGUCGUGGGUCUUAUCGUGGUGGUAGAGGUCGUGGUCAUCGCAAUGCUUAUGGUCUUCAGGAUCGUGGCAAGGGUCAGAACAAGGAUAGAUCUCCUUCAAACAAGCCUAACUCUCAUCAACAGGUUGCAAAUAACAAGCAAGCUUGCUAUCGGUGUGGAUGUGAGGACCAUUGGUCUCGCACAUGUCGUACACCGAAACAUUUGGUUGAGGCCUAUCAAAGAAUGUUGAAGGACUCAAAGGGGAAGUCAAAACAAGGUGAAAAACAUCAUGACAGUUUGCCUGAAGCAAACAUGACCCUGAAAGAUGACAAUUAUGAUGAUAACCUAAAUCUGGACAAUGAUGACUUAUUGAAGAUGGAGCUUGAUGAUUUUGGUGACCAGGAGUGA